AAUGGGAUUAAGAAUAGUUAGGAAAAUUUUAGUAUUUUUAAGUGUGAUUCAAAGUCUGUAUCUAUAAGCUACAUCUACAAUUGCACCCUCUUCAGAGCGCAUGCGCAGAUAAUUAGACAGCUUUGUGUUUAGCUAACUCUGAAAAUGGAGUUUUUUUUUUAUUUUUGGAUUUCUUAACAAAAUAUUUUGUGUGAAGACUGUUUUAAAAUAGUUCUUACGAAAAUAAAAAAUACUUGGGGGAAAUGUUUUUUAAAGAAAUCCCAUCAUCCCAGCAUUAGCUGCUAAUUAGGCCUGUUAUCUUCAGAGCGCAUGCGCAGCUCAUUACAGCUGAAGUACGAAUUUGAAAAUGCUGCGAGAAAUACGACAGGUAGUUUAAAUAUGCGGAAUUUAAACAUAAGUAAUUUACGUAUGUAAACACUGUUGUAAACCCGUCCUUAAAAUGUUUUUAAAACAAAUGUUUUUUUUUAAGUUAACUUUCAAGACAACUAUUAGCAUUAGCUUAUUGCUAACCUAGGAGUCUGUUCUUACCUUCAGGCGCUUCGGCUGAUUAUGCAAAUGAGCAGUCAAAGAAAGCAACGUGGUUUGAAGACCACGGGGGGGCUUUUGGUGUUUCUGUGGACUGACAGGGGGUCCUUUGCUCAAAGGUUAAACUGCACUGUUGCAGCAGCUGGGCCCUGGUGUGCUGGAGUUGAAAUGCAAGCACUUCAUCCUGAUUUGAAGAACAGCCUGUUUCCUUGUGUGUGGUCGUGUCCCGAGCUGGACCCCGAAGAGCUGAGUGCCUUUACAGAUCUGUACGGGCCUCUCAGGUUUCUACUGACUUUUCAGGCAAAAGAUGCAGGACAUUGCAUGUCGAAGUGGCAAGCUCACAUUGAGGCAUUUCUACGGGCUUUCAGUUUGACUAACGCAGGGAUAAAGGUCCAUCUCAAAUUCACAUUUGGUCAGCAGACCGUACAACAUGAACUCAGAGUCAAAAUCAAGAGUAAAGUUUCACCAACAGACCAGCUGCCUCUGAUCCUGGAUGUUGCCUGUUCUGCACAGCCUCCGUGGUGUGUCAGGAGAAGAGGCUGGUGUCAAGGAGGACAUCCUGUUGUUGGAGAAAGGUUGCCUCUCAGCAUCCCACCACAAGUCAUGGAUCAGGGCCUGUUUGGGGAGCUCAGUGUCCAGUUUGUUGCACUCCUGAGACCGUGUGUGCUGCAGUACCCCAACCUACUCACAGAGCUGACACGCAUACAAGUGCUAACAUACAGCCCCAGCAAUAUUCCUGUGCCAGGUCCAUUUAACUUCUUCAAAGGCCUUCCUGCUGCUCUGAACUGUCAGCAGUUAGGUCUGGACAGAAUCCACUGCGCCUCUUUUAAAGAUCUCACUCACAGCAGCAGCGUUGUGUACUCUGUGGAGCCAGAAAACUGGGAGGAUCCCGAUCCGGAACCAAGUCAUGUCCCUGUGCAGCAGAGUCUCCUACUCUUCCUCUUCUUACAUCAUAGUGACCCCUUCACCUCUGAGGUCAAUGAUACGAUUGCUGCAGAGAUGUUAAUAGAGCAUCACCUGGAGGAGAUUCUGAGCAACAACAGGCAGGCUGUCAGCGCAGCUCUGGAGGCAGAACUUUACAACACGCUGAAAGCACAAAAUCACAGGAAAAAGAAACAAGAAAAGCUGCAGUCGGCUGCAGAAGUGAUUCUCAGUUCCACCAUCAGUAUUGUGAGCAGCAGCAGCAACAUGGAUUUCAGAAAUGCCUGUUUGAACCGCAUGAAGGUGAAUGACACUCAUGAGUUGUCUGCCUCUCUCAGAGAGUCUCUGUGGAGGGUGACAUCAGGGAAAUUUCUUCACAGUGGCAAAUGCUUUUCUUCUGAGGUGGAAGAACAACCCAAGAGUAAUGAGUCUACCAGGGUGGAAAUCUGAAGAUGCCAAUGUUUUUUUUUCUUUCCUGACUGAAGGUGGUUCAGAGAUUAAAAUGUUUUUGCCCUGAAAAGGUUUAGUUUAUAUACUGUAACCCUUAUUUCAAUUGUACUGAUUAUAUAUAUAUUUAUAUAUGCACAACACAGUUCACACUGUAAAGAGUCUAAAUGGACACAUCUAAAUGAUAGAUUUGUGAAAAUUUUCUAAAUUGCUUUCUGUUUUCUGAAUAAACUAUUUAGUGUAUAAACAUAAUGUAUUUGUAAUAAAGAGUGUAACUGGUUUGAA